AUGGUCAACGGAUGGCUUUCAAUGGUUUGGGCUGCAGCGUGGGUUUUUCAUAUUUUAGAGGGUUGCAGAGAAUUAGUUCAUGUAUAUUUACUCACCUCAAAUAACUUUCAGGUGGGGAUGGUCGUACGCGGUAGAGCAAAGGCUUGUAGCUGGCAGACAGGCGUUUAAGCAAAAUGGUUUUACAGCUGAAAGGUAUUUACAUCAACGAAGAUGGAAAGCAUCUGUUUGUUUUUGCUGAAGCCGAUGUCAUGCUAGCAUCAUCUCAACGGCAGCGCAAAGAAGUAAAACGCACAUAGGACACCACCGAUUUCCCAACGCAAACCGCAGUGAACAAUGGGGAAAGGCUAUUAUAUCAGCAAACAUCUGGCCACUGCAGCCAUGGUGCUGGCCGCAAUAGCCCUGGUGACCAUCAUUGCGUUAUCGGUGGUUUAUAAUCGAGAAAAGUCCAAAAACGCAGCAAAAUGGACCAAUGCAACUACAUCGCCGGUACCUCCCACCCCGAAGACUUCCAACGAACCAUGGGACAAAUACAGACUGCCUGACACUCUGUCUCCAGAGUACUACAAUGUGACCCUUUGGCCCCGUUUGGUGAAGAACACCAACGGGAUGUAUAUUUUCACUGGGAUUUCUGGAGUGAUGUUUACUUGUGUGAAGAAGACUGACCUGAUAUUAAUUCAUUGCAACAAGCUGAAUUUGACUUUGUUUAAAGGGCACCACGCCAAACUCACGGGUCCGAGCGGCUUAACUGCUCCGGCUAUAAAGACAACCUGGUUUCAGAAGGAAACACAGUACCUGGUGAUUCAGCUGGAGGGAAAACUGAAGCCUGGAAAGUCCUACUGGCUCUACACGGAGUUCACAGGAGAGCUCGCUGAUGAUCUGGAGGGCUUCUACAGGAGCGAAUACACGGAAGAUGGGGAAAAAAAGAUUAUUGCCAUCACUCAGAUGCAGGCCACUUAUGCUAGACAAGCUUUCCCGUGUUUCGAUGAACCUGGCAUGAAAGCUGUGUUUUAUAUCACUCUCAUCCAUGAUCUGGAAACAACAGCACUGUCAAACAGCCAAGAAAUUAAAACAGAAAAUGUUGUCAUCGAUGGAACGGCAGUUACCCGAACGAUAUUCGGACCCACAAAGAAGAUGUCGACGUAUCUCGUCGCAUUUGUUGUCAGUGAUUUUAAGUACAUCAAUUCUAAAGACAAGAAGGGAGUUUUGGUAAGAAUAUGGGCAAGAAAAAAAGCCAUUGAAGACAGGCAAGGCGAUUACGCGCUUAAAAUCACCCAGCCGAUAUUGGAGUUCUUUGAGAAAUAUUACAACACUAGCUAUCCACUUUCUAAGUCAGACCAGAUUGCACUGCCUGACUUUAGCUCGGGAGCCAUGGAAAACUGGGGUCUUGUCACUUACAGAGAGACGGCUCUUCUGUACGACCCACGGACGUCUGCCAACGGCAACAAGCAAAGGAUUGCAACCGUUGUUUCUCACGAGCUGGCUCACAUGUGGUUUGGAAACCUCGUGACGCUGAAAUGGUGGAAUGAUCUCUGGCUGAACGAGGGCUUCGCUUCGUACGUGGAGUAUCUGGGAGCUGAUUAUGCUGAGCCCACCUGGAACAUGAAAGACCAGAUCAUUCUGUACGACCUGCAAAGAGCGUUUGCUGUGGAUAGUUUGACUUCCUCUCACCCCCUCUCCCGAAAAGAGGAAGAGGUCAACACACCCUCAGAAAUCAGCGAAAUGUUCAACACCAUAUCCUACAGCAAGGGAGCUGCAGUGCUUAAAAUGCUCUCUGAAUUCCUGACAGAGCCGGUGUUUGCCAAAGGACUUGGUAACUAUCUGAGGCAGUUUGCUUUUGCAAGCACAGUGUAUUCGGAUCUCUGGGACCAUCUUCAAAAGGCAGUAGAUCUAACUCCAGGAGUGAAACUACCAUAUAGUGUUCAUGAGAUCAUGAACCGAUGGAUACUGCAGAUGGGUUUCCCAGUAAUUACUAUUGACACCCGGACAGGGAACGUCAGCCAAAAGCACUUUCUUCUAGAGCCUGAAGCAGUGGUGGCUAGGAAAUCUGAAUUCAAUUAUGAAUGGUUUGUACCCAUCAAAUGGACGAAGAAACAACAACAACCACAGGUGCAGGAUCAGCUGUGGCUUCUGCAGAAAUCAGCUAUUCACAAACCCAUGAAAGUCAGCAAAAAUGAAUGGGUGCUGGCCAACCUCUAUGUGUCAGGAUACUUCAGAGUGAACUAUGACCUUGGAAACUGGGAGCGACUUCUCAGCCAACUGGAGUCCGAUCACCAGGUGAUACCUGUGGUAAAUAGAGCUCAGAUACUGGAUGAUGCAUUUAAUCUGGCACGAGCAUCUAUUAUAAACAUAACGCUUGCUUUAAGAACAACUAAAUAUCUCGUGCGUGAACGGCAAUACAUUCCCUGGGAAGCGGCGCUUCGAAAUCUCAACUAUUUUUUCCAGCUGUUUGAUCGCAGUGAAGUUUACGGUGCCAUGCAGGCAUAUCUUAAGAAACAAGUCAAACCACUAUUUGAAUAUUUUGGGACUAUCAGCUCAAACUGGACAACAGUUCCCUCUGGACACACUGAUCAGUUCACACAGAUCAUUGCGCUGUCUCUAGCCUGCAGCACCGGCGUGGAGGGAUGCAGAGAACUAACCAAGAGCUGGUUCAAAAAAUGGAUGCAGAAUCCGCAGAAUAAUGCGAUUCAUCCUAACCUGAGGUCGACGGUGUACUGUGAUGCCAUCGCUGCAGGUGGUGCUGAAGAAUGGAACUUUGGCUGGCAGAUGUUCCAGAAGGCCACAGUCGCAGCCGAAGCUGUCAAACUGAGAUCGGCUCUGGCCUGCACCAAAGUACCCUGGUUACUGAACAGGUACCUGGAAUACACUAUGAACCCAGAGAAAAUACGCAAACAGGACGCCACUUCUACCAUUGGUUACAUUGCCAGUAAUAUUAUUGGCCAACCUUUAGCAUGGGAUUUUGUCCGGGCAAACUGGGACUAUUUCUUCAAAGUGUACGGCACCGGAUCAUUCACUUUCUCCAGAUUAAUUAGUGACAUCACCUAUAGAUUCUGCACACCUUUUGAACUCAGUCAGUUGAAACGCUUCCAAAAGGAUAACGCUGAGACCGGAUUCGGCUCGGGAACUCAAGCGCUGCAGCAGGCCAUCGAGAAGACAACAGCCAAGAUUAAGUGGCUGGCAGAGAACAAGGAAUCGGUUCUUCAGUGGUUCCUCUCAGAAUCAGUUUAAAACUCACAUCUGUAUACUGACCAGCUCCAGUCUCACAUGAAUUCAUCAUCCCGUAACCUGAUGGAAUGAAAAUGAAUAUAUGCUAACAGCAAUUUGGCAGAAUGUUUUUACUCUGGGAAGCAACCCUACUCUAGGAGUAACCUGAGAAAUGUCUUGCAAGGACACAACAGCGCUCUGAUAUUUAACCACUAGAUCACGUCACUCGGAUACAAAUGAGGAUGGAUUUGCAUAAGAGACUAUACAAAAUACACUGACAACGGAUCCCUCAGUAUUGUAAAAGUAGGGAACCUGUUUCAGAAUGUGUGUAUAAUUAGUGGCGUUGCUAAGUUGCUACUCAUACUCAUCUUGUACAGUAUCUGCUAUGGCCAUCAUUGAUACCUCAAAUCAUGCAGGUUGAUUAGGAGAGGUUUGCUAUACAUUUCUAAGCAAAUGGACUUCCUAUAUACCUACAUACAGUAUGAUCCAAGCCAUAUUUAGGGCCUGAUAAAUCCUAGCAUCCAUGCACACUCAAAAACUAUUGCGUAUGGGCAACCGCACUCAUAUUUUCUUAACAAAAUGUAAAAUACUAUUUAGCGUUUUAUUGUUAACUUGCUAUUAUUGACUGGAUUUAGCAUUUUUGAAAGUAUGCUGCCAUUAAAAAGUAUAAACAUA